UUUUCCUCAGUGCGAGUUCUGCAGAAAACCUAUAAUAAUGUAACCGUAAGUGCUUGUAUGCUUUUCAAACAUGAUUUUGGUAUGUUAUCUCGACGCUUUGCUGAUGACCGUUCCCCCCAUCAAAUUUUUACUCUUAUUCAAGAAUAACCGGAAAUGGUUUACUUGUCAUUUUAGCUGGCUGUUAGAAGCGAGUGCGGAAAUAGCCGUAACGCUACUCUAAAAAUACAAAUAAAGGAAUUACUGUAGUAUCGACGCGUAUUUUUACUGUGUACGCAUCUAUCACGAAAAUGUCCCGGCAAUCUAACCGAACAACAGACAGCAAGAAGAUGAACUCUGAGUUGUUCACGCUGACCUACGGAGCCCUGGUCACACAACUAUGCAAAGAUUACGAAAAUGAUGAAGAGGUCAACAAACAACUGGACAAGAUGGGUUACAACAUCGGAGUACGUCUCAUCGAGGACUUCCUGGCACGCUCCAGCGUCGGCAGGUGUCAGGAUUUCCGAGAAACGGCCGAUGUCAUCGCUAAGGUGGCAUUUAAAACCUACCUCGGGGUCACCCCCAGCGUAACCAACUGGAGCCCAGCCGGAGACGAGUUCUCCCUCAUCCUGGAGAGCAACCCGCUGGUGGAUUUUGUGGAGCUGCCCGAUAACCACAACGCGCUCAUCUACUCCAACCUGUUGUGCGGCGUCCUCAGAGGAGCUCUGGAAAUGGUCCAAAUGGCUGUGGAUGUGAAAUUUGUCCAGGACACACUGCGGGGGGACAAUGUGACGGAAAUCCGGAUGAAGUUUAUCAAGAGGAUUGAAGAGAACCUCCCCGCAGGAGACGAGUGACAAAAUGACGCAGGAGACAGUCAACAUUCUGCCUCAUCAGCAAGUUUUUUUUUCUUUUUUUUUUCUUCCAAUGACACUUUACAGACCGGAAGAGACGAUUGAUUCACUCGAGACAACACUGACUCGCACUCCCAUUGCUUCAUUUGGAAACAUUGGAAAAAAAUAGCGCCUUAACAGACAGGCCGCUUAAGAUAAUUCUGGUGUUAUUAUUAUUAUUAUUAUUAUUAUUUUUUUUUAUGUGCAUAUUGCUGCCAAUUGUAUGGCAUGUUAAAAUAAUGAUGCUAAUGUGAAUAAAUGCAACAUAUUUGAUUUUGAA